AUCUGCACAUCCUUCAGCAGCACAAGACAGUAAAGAUAGUUCUGUGAUUCUUCUUAUUACUCUGUUAACACGACAAAAGAUUGCAAAUGGGAUCAGGUGAAUCAAAAACUGGAGUACUGGAUGAAGCAUGGAGGACAUUUGACUGGAGACAGAAGGAAGUGCUGAAAGAACGUCUAGAAAAGUUUACUCUGAGUAAUCCAGAUGUGACGAACAUCAAGAUCCUGGUGGCUGGACAAACUGGAGAAGGGAAGUCCAGCUUUAUUAACUCUGUCCUUAGUGUCUUUCAAGGAGAAAUAGUUAAUGAAGCAAUAGCUGAUACUUCGGAAUCACCCACCAGUUACAGUUUCACAACAAGACGAAGAACAUACCGCAUCAGAAGUGCAGAUGCAGAUUUGCCUUUUGAAUUAUGUGACAUAAAAGGUUUAGAACCUGAAAAAAUAUCUAAGAGUCAAAUAGAUGACAUUGUCAACACCAUAUAUGGACAUGUGAAGGAGGGAUAUAAAUUCGAGGAGAAAUCCCUCACUAGUGACGAUGAGCAUUACAAUCAAAACCCUUCACUGUCUGAUCAAGCCUUCUGCCUAGUUUACGUCAUAGAUGCAUGUACAAUCCAUCUCGCUGCAGUAGAUAAGAUAAUUACUGAGAAAUUGAAACUCAUUCGCCGGACCAUCAGUGAUAACGGGAUUCCUCAAGUGAUUGUCAUGUCUAAAGUGGAUGAAGCAGGUCCUCUGGUCAAAAAUGAUCUAAAGAUGGUCUACAGAAGCAAGAUCAUCAAAGAGAGGAUGGAGAUGUGCAGUGCCACAGUAGGUGUUCCAGUGAGCUACAUCUUCCCAGUGAAGAACUAUCAUUUUGAGAUUGACACAAAUGAUGAUGUUGAUGUCUUGAUUCUCAAGGCAUUAGAUCAGAUUGUGCGUUCUGCUGAUGCAAGACUGAGGCGUGGUGCUUCUAACGAAUGAGUUUUCGGGACAAAAACCAACUAUAAUAGCAUUUAGAAUUGAAUGAAUAUUAAAUGGCCAAAAAUAUAUCAUCAUCUGAAUCAAGACACAUUCCAUGUGCAACAUGGUACAGGUUAUAAGCCAACAUUUGAAAAUAAUAAAAGUGACCCACACAUACACACAGUAUUAGAAAUUGCUACACAAAUUAGUUUUCAACUUGAUUGACUUGAA